GUCAGCCGCCCUCUAUUGGUUUACGGCUGUCGGCGUCUGAGCGUGUGAUUGGUCGCUGGUCUAACCCACGUGUUGGUGUGAAUCUGGUCUGGAGGGCAGAGCUGUUCAAGCACAGACCUCGAGCAGGACACUGAGCCACUGGUCUACAGCUCAUUCUGCUUCACUCUGAGCACAAACAUGGCGGGUUCUUUCCAGCGCCUGAUCUCCGGUCGGGGCACGGCCGUGCUUUUGGCCGGCUUGGGUGCAGGAACCAUGGCCACCGGAUUCCUGUUAAGCGAGAAGGGCUCCCUAGCUGCUGAGGUGAAGAGCAAGCUGUAUCCUCCCAGCUGUGACUUCCCUGACCUGAGGAAACACAACAACUGCAUGGCUUCGGCUCUCACUCCGGCCAUUUACGCCAAACUGAGGGACAAGCUCACCCCCAACAACUGGACCCUGGACCAGUGCAUCCAGACCGGAGUGGACAACCCCGGCCACCCCUUCAUCAAGACGGUGGGCUGCGUGGCUGGCGAUGAGGAGAGUUACGAGGUGUUUGCUGACCUCUUUAACCCAGUCAUCAAAGACAGGCACAACGGCUACGACCCCAAAACCAUGACCCACCCCACUGAUCUGGAUUCCUCCAAGAUCACCAAUGGCGUGUUUGACGACAACUACGUCCUGUCGUCUCGGGUCCGGACCGGGCGCAGUAUCCGUGGGCUGAGCCUUCCUCCAGCCUGUUCCAGGGCCGAGCGCCGUGAGGUGGAGCGGGUGACUGUGACAGCUCUGGACGGCCUGAAGGGAGACCUGUCCGGGCGCUAUUACAGCCUGGGAGACAUGACGGAGAAGGAGCAGCAGCAGCUCAUCGAUGACCACUUCCUGUUCGACAAGCCCGUCUCUCCCCUGCUGACAUGUGCCUUCAUGGCCAGAGACUGGCCUGACGCCAGGGGCAUCUGGCACAACAACGAGAAGACCUUCCUGAUCUGGGUGAAUGAGGAGGACCACACCAGAGUUAUCUCCAUGGAGAAGGGAGGCAACAUGAAGAGGGUUUUUGAGAGGUUCUGCAGAGGCCUCAAACAGGUGGAGCAUCUGAUCCAGGAGAGAGGCUGGGAGUUUAUGUGGAAUAAGCAUCUAGGCUACAUCCUCACAUGUCCGUCCAACCUGGGCACAGGCCUUCGGGCCGGGGUGCAUGUGCGCCUGCCGAAGCUCAGCAAGGACCAACGAUUCCCUAAAAUCCUUGAGAACCUGCGGCUGCAGAAGAGGGGCACGGGAGGCGUGGACACCGCCGCUACCGGAGACACCUUUGACAUCUCCAACCUGGACCGUCUGGGCAAGUCUGAGGUGGAGUUGGUCCAGCUGGUGGUGGACGGGGUCAACUACCUGAUCGAGUGCGAGAAGAAGCUGGAGAAAGGCCAGGACAUCAAAGUCCCAGCUCCCAUAGCUCAGUUUAAGAAGUAGACGGUAGAGCACGACGCUGGCUCAGAAUGCCCACUACAGAGGAUGGCUUAAAUCUUUAGCGUGACCUCGUGCUACGGUUACAGAUGACCUGCAGUUAGGGGAUAAUUCUACCUUAAGUUAAGGCCUGUGCUGAAACCCCUCACUUCAAUAAACCCAAGCCUAAACACA